AUUUAUUUUUUAUCUUUGAGUACGUUAUUUUGAUGGAUACUUUUGACUACUACUAAUGACUAAACUUUACUAAUGCCAGCCAGAACCGCAACAGGUAUCACAAGCCGAACCUGUUUCCACCUGUUUAUUGCUAUCGAGACAAUGGACAACAAAACAAAUAAGAAAAAUUACAUUUUCAAUUCACAAAUGUACAAUUUAAAUAUACAAUAUAAAAUAGAAGGCUAUAGACUAGGAAUAUAGAAUAUUACAAAUUAAAAAGUUAAAAUUAAAGUGCUCUGCGAACAGAUUACCAUACUCUACACAAUCUAAUUCUAAAAUGUAUGACUAACGAGCUGUAGUUGAUUUAUAGAUAUAUUGUGAUCAGUAUAUUGUUCCAAAUGUAAUAAAUGGUGGUCACGUAUGGUCAGGAUCAAGUUUCAACAUAUAUAGAAAAAAAUAUAACUCAAUGGCACGUUGAAACAAAAGGUCAGUGCCACUAAACUGUAAAUGAGACACCAAGUGUCGCAUAUCUUCCAUGUGUAUCUUUAACUAGACAAAACACCUCCAGGCAAAUAAUUGAACUUUCAGCAAGUACAAAAAGACUAAGCUCAACCAGACAGUCACCCGUCGGAGAGAAGUGCAGAGUAACAAUCGAAGAUGUUUGCAAUCCACGAGACCAGUCCGAAUGUGAGGAACAUGAAGCAGCUACAGUACGCCGUCUUAGCCAAACGAGCAAGCCGGAUAAAGGAAGAGCUCAGACAGGUAAAGGAAAGAAAAAAAAGAGUUAUUGAUGUAUUCACAAUGUGGAUUCUUGAUCAGGUUGUCCAGCCCGUCUUGUGCUUGUGCUUCACCUGUCAGAGAGUGAGGAAGCCCUUUAAAGACCUGAUAGAAGUCUACUGGGGCGACCCGCACAGAGGUGGCGUGAAGCCUCUGACAUUUGUCCAACAGGUUCUCGCGGCAUGUGUUUACCCUCAGCUGGUGGACAGCGACAAGCUGCCAGUGGACGUGAGACAGAGGGCCGAGCUGCUGCUCAAGGGAUGUGCAGGAGGGAGCGUGGGUUCUUACACUGCUACACGGGGCAUUCCACAGAUAGUUCACACAAUCUCUGAAUUCAUAACGAGACGAGACGGCGGCGCUCCGUGUGACCCGGAGAACAUUUACAUCAGCCCCGGCUCGCAGUGGAGCCUCAUGAACGUCCUCAAGGUCCUGGUGGACGCCGAGGCCUCGCCCAGAGCCGGCGUGCUGACCCCGAGGCCGUGCUACCUCACCUCCAUCCAGUCCAUGGUCGGGCUGGGCGCCGUCGCCGUGCCCUACGACCUGUGCGAGGAGCGGGGCUGGGAGCUGCGCGUGGAGGAGCUGCGCAGAGCGCUGGACUCCGCCAAAGGGGUCUGCAGGCCGGUGGCCGUGUACGUCAUCAACCCCGGGAACCCCGCAGGUCACGUUCAAAGCAGGAAGUCGAUGCGGGAGGUGAUCCGGUUUGUUUCCGAGAAGAGGCUCUUCCUGCUGGCCGAUGAGGUCUAUCAGGACUGCGUUUAUGGAGAACACAGCGAGUUUGUCUCCUACAAGAGGGUCCUGACGGAGAUGGGACCUCCUCUCUCCGACACAGUGGAGCUGGCGUCCUUCCACUCAGCAUCCAAAGGCUUCAUGGGAGAGUGUGGUCUGCGUGGAGGAUACGUGGAGCUGGUGAACCUGGACCCCGCUGUCAUGAAACACAUCUACAAACUGUUCUCAGCAGACAGCUGUGCCCCCGUGUUGGGUCAGUUUGCUCUGGAUCUGUUGGCGAAGCCUCCACAACCAGGAGACCCCUCGUACCCGCUUUACAAAGAGGAGACGCAGCGCAUCAGGAGCACGCUGGUCCGCAACGCGAAGCAAGUCUUCGAGGUCGUCAACGGUCUGCCGGGUUUGUGCUGCCAGCCGGUGGAAGGAGGAGCAUUCGCCUUCCCCAGGCUGCACCUCCCACCUAAAGCCAUCCAGAGGGCCGAGGAAAUGGGCAUGCAGCCCGAUGUGUUCUACUGUACCCGACUACUGGAGGAGGCCGGUGUGCUCGUCAGACCUGGUUGUGAAUAUGAACCGAAGGAAGGCACCUACCACUUCAGAUGUUGCAUUAUGGUCCCGGAGGACGUUAUGGAAGAACUACUGAGGCGCCUGACCAGCUUCCACACACAGUUUAUGACAGAAUUCUCUUAAAAAAGGUUAAUGAGCAACGACGUCCUAAAAUGCAAUGUGUAAUCCCUCUCAACCAUCUAUUUACUUUUGUUGCUAAGCAUCAUGGGAGAACAUUUGGCCGACGUUGGGGUUGUAAGCAGUUAUUUUAAUCCCUUUAAACAAUAAAAGAG